AAUUAUGGGCCAAGAUGAUGGGGGAUAAGCGAAUUUGUAGCCCUCGAGGCCCACCCAACCGCACUCGACAACACUCGGCCUCGUCGUCAGUCCAGCGCUCACGCGUGCCGCGUGCCGGCGUCGCGGUCCUCGCCGCCGUUUCCUCCUCUCCCUCGUUCGCUUCCGCGCCCGAUAGAAGCGGGGAAGGAGCCGAUCGAAACCCCUAAUCCCCAAAACCCUACCUCCCCGUCCGCCGCCGUCGAAGCGGCCCCCGCCCCUCACCACUCCACGAUCGCCUCGAGGUGAGCCUCGCGACCCCCGCCCCCGCCGGAACCCGCAUUUCGCUCUGGUUGCGCCUCCCCCAUCUUCCGCGCGGUAAAUUGUUCGCGCGAGACGCUGAUUGAAACCCUGGCUAACGAAACAAUUCUCUCGCCGUAAACGCGGACCGGUCUCGUGUUAGCGCGCGUUUUUUUUUCUUUUUCCGGGGAAGGCGUUGCUGCGGCGCGAUGGAGCUCCCCAAGCAGGCGCGGGCGCAGCCGGCGCCGGGCAGCGGGGCGGCGUCGCGAUCGUUGCCCCCGGCGGCCCUCCAUUCCCCGCAGCCCGCGAGCCACGGUAUGUUUGGCCCUGGCAUCUGUGGCGCGAAGGCGCCAACCAGCUCGUACCUGAUCGUGCCCAUGGGCGGGCAGCCGGCGCAGGUUGCUGCGUCCAGUCCCAACGCGCCGCACCUGAGUAGGGUGUCCUUGAGGCCGCCGCAGCAGGUGCUGAGUGUCCAGCCGGCUCUGCCCGGAAUUCUUUCACCACAGCCACCACCACCACCUGCUGUGGGAAAGAAGAUGGCUUUAUCAAUGAAGGUUCAGGUGCCGAAGCCUUUGCAAUCUCAGGCCACUAGCAAGUGCUCUGUGAAGAAGGAACCUCUGCUGAAGGCAUACCCAGAGUCUUCUGAGACCGUGAGAUCAAAGUUCAGGGAGACUCUAGCUGCUGCCUUAUGUGUGGAUUCUGAUCAGCAGAGUGUGCAGCAAUCUGCUCCAAAGGUUUCGCCUAUUGGAUCUUCCAAUGUGAACAAACAUGCAGAUGGUAAAUUGCAAAGUCCAAAUACAUGCAUAUCUCACGGUGACGGUGAAGCUGAUGCUGGUACUGACCCCAAAUCCGUUGGUAGCAGAAGCAAGCAAGAUGACAUCUUAAGCUGUAGAAUUUUGGGAUCAAACAUGACCAUAAAAGUGAGUAAAGAUGCACAAGAACAUGCAAUGCAUGUUCGUUUGGAAAAUGAUGUACUGGGUAACAGCAUUUCAGAUAAAAUUUUGCAAGGCCAUGGGCCCUUCUGUGCUCCUGACAGUGUUGUUGGAGCUUCUGGAUCCAUUUCACAGCUUAAUUCAAAGAGAACCACAACUUCUGAUAUUCAUGCUGGGGCUACUGUAUCUCUGAAUGAGCCUGAGUUUAAAAGAACAAAAACUUCAGAUGGGACAACAGGGGAAAAGAAGGAUAUGAUUCAAAAGGGGCAAUCUUUAGCACUUGGAAUUGAAGAGGAGCUGUUCAAACUGUUUGGAGGAGUCAAUAAGAAGUAUAAGGAGAAAGGUAGAUCACUGUUGUUUAAUUUGAAAGAUAAAAGUAACCCUGUGCUGAGGGAACAGGUCUUAUCCGGAGAGAUCACACCCAAAUGUCUAUGUUCAAUGACUACGGACGAACUCGCUUCAAAGGAGCUUUCAGCUUGGCGGCUGGCUAAAGCUGAAGAGCUUGCAAAGAUGGUUGUUCUUCCUACUAGAGAAGUAAAUGUUAGAUUGGUCAGGAAAACACAUAAAGGUGAAUUUCAUGUUGAAGUGGAAGAGACUGAUAGCAUUUCAGUUGGGGCUGAGCUCAGAAGCGAUUUGCUUUCUCAUGUUCCAUCAAAUUUUAUUGAAGGUCGAACCAGAUCUGAUGAUAUAGUAAGUGCAUACAGGGGAGACAUUGAAUCAGAUAACACUGUGCAAGGUGGAUCUGCUGGUAUUGGCAACAGUAAUCUCUUGAGUAAUUUAGAAUGCCUAGCAAAUGAGAAGGCUGAUCUCAUCGAGGAAAGAGUGGUGCAUGACUUGAAGUAUACAGAAAAUAUUCCAGAAAUUAUGUCAUGGGAUGAGUUUGUGGAGGCCCCUGAUUCUGAUAUACCUUUGGAAUGCCACUCCACUGAAACUGCACAAGCUGAUCCUAGUAUUACUGACAAAGCUUACCUUAUGUUAAAGCCAGAGAAAAAUCAUAUAGGGGAGGAUAAUGCUGGUCCAUCAGAGUUUGAAUUCACAUGUGAGGCACCAUCACCAGAAGAUAAUUGUCAGGCCAGUAUAAAGUCAACCGAAAAUGGAUCAAUUCAUGACUUGAGUCCAUCUAAACAACCUAAGGGCUGCUUGUUGAUCAAAUCUUCCCCUGAAAUGAUGGAUGUUGAAAAACUAGGUACUGGUACUGCCUCAAUUUCUGGAUCUACUGUGCAGUUAAAGCCAAUUAGUGAUGGCACAUUGAUGAAUGACACUUUAUGGGAGGGAACAAUUCAGUUAACUUUAUCUUCACUUAUAAAAGUUGUUGCUAUCUUCAAAAGUGGUGAAAAGCCAUCAACAAAUGAGUGGCGCCACUUUGUUGAGAUCAAGGGAAGAGUGAGGCUUACUGAUUUUCAAGAAUUUCUUGAACAACUGCCUAAAUCCAGGAGCCGUGUUGUAACGGUAACUGAGUUGCGUUUGAAGGAGGGCUCUCUUGAGAGUGGCCAGCAGCAAUUCCUGCAGACAAUCGACUCAUAUGUUGCAGAUGAGAGAGUAGGACUAGUAAAGCUCACUGAAGGGGUGGAGCUCUACCUCUGCCCUUCUCAUGAGAAGGCAGCUCAGAUACUCACGGAACACCUGCCAAAGGAGCACUCGGCCAGUCAAACCAUGACCGGAGUAUCUGUUAUUGGUGUCUUUGUGUGGCGGAGGCCCUGCAUUACUACCAGAACACCCACAAGGCAUGACAGUUCUAAGAGGCACCCUAUGUCAAUCUCGAGGAAGCCGCAGGCCAUGCUUUCAAGUUCAGUGCCAAUGUCUUCUCUGCGUACCAGAUCUCCUGCCUCUCAUUUUGGCUACUCCAACGAGCGCCCUUGCCUUAAGGAUGAUGCAACUGACGACGUUCCCCCGGGCUUUGGCCACGGUGUCAUCAAGGAUGACGAUGACCUUCCUGAAUAUGAUUUUGUUAGCAUCUCAGACGGAUCCCCCAAUGUUGCAGCACCACAUUGCUACCAGAGGCAGCAGCAUGUGCAGGCUAUUUCUCCCCCAAUCAACCAGGUCAGGCAGGUAGUUCGCAAGUAUGGCAGCAUGUACGCUUCAGCGCAUCCUUGGGGCGGCGACAAGGACUUACCAGAGUGGGACCCAAGACACAGUGCUCUCCGGUAUAGCCCGAUGCAGCAUCAGCAUGUAAUGGUAACUCCGCACCUGUCAAGCCCCUUGCCCCAUGUUUACGGUCGUCUGCCUCAGCAACAUGCCAUGGCCGUGCAGCAGCCCUGGAAUCACCACCACAUGUUGCACCCUGCUGAAGCUCAAUCUGGGCGGCCUGGCUGGCGGUCUAGCGCCCAGUGGCAGGAGGACGCCGCGUGGCAUGCCAGGUUUGUUGUGGAGCCCGAUGUGGCGGCGCCCGAGCCGACCUCGCUGGGAGGAGCGAGGGAGCCAUGGCAUGGAAGCUGGAAGCCACACUAGAACUAGCCGAGCGUCUCUGGUCCCAUCUUGCUCCGAAGUCUGAACGGGAGGGUGUAUGUAUGGCGGGUUGUGUUACUAGUUUGUAGUAUGUUAGUCAGAAGUGAGGAUUCAA